ACAUGAGAUAUUGACAUGACUGCGCAACAAGAGAAGCUUGGGAAUGCUUUGGAGGAAAAGCAGUCUAAAAAUUAUGAAUUAUUUGGAUAGUUGCUUUUCCAUGUGACAAAGAAAUUACUUGAUAGUCAAGAAUAGAGUCAAGGACUCGUACCCAUUUGGAUGAUGACAUCAUCAUUCAAACCUUGGGAAGCUGGGUCAAAUGAACGACAAAAUCCGCAUAGCUACAGCAGCAGACCAUCAGUCAGGAUCCGACCUGGUGUAGCAAGAUCAAAUGAGAAAAUGAACAGGACAGAUUCACCACCACCAAUUCCCUCAAGGCAAAGAAAUGAUGAGAACAGGUUUUCUAAUCAAAUGUAUGGCUCAUAUUAUGGAAAUUCAAGUUAUGGAAUGUAUGGUGGUGUUGGAGGCUAUGGUUAUGGCAAUCAGCCUUACAUGUACAAUCGACCACUCGGUUAUGGCCAAAGCAGCAUUGCACCAAGUACAUUUGCUAGGCGAGCUGAAGAUUCAUGCAGGCCUGCUUUUGACUCAGUGCAAUCUAUUGUGCAGGCCUUUGCUUCCAUAGCAACAAUGCUGGACUCAACCUUUUUUGCUGUACAUAGCUCCUUCAGAGCCGUGCUUGGAGUCGCUGAUCAGCUGUCAGGUUUGCGAGCGCACAUUGCAAACACACUAGGUGCAUUGACAAUUUUCAGAGUUAUUCAGAAUAUCUUUAAGAAGCUGAUGAGAUGGCUUAGGUUAAGGAAUGGCGAUAUUGAAGCGGUAGAAAUGGAUGUUUGGGCUGAAGCAACGAAAGAGAUAGCAGAUAAGCAAAGGAAAUCGAAAUCGUGGCCGGUUGUGCUAUUCUUUGCAGUUGUGCUUGGAACGCCAUGGCUCAUUUGGAAACUAUUGCAGACAAUAUCAAAUGAUGAGAAUAUAGAAGAAUGGAUAACUGGUGAUGGUGAACACUUUGAAGCCGAGGCUGAGUACGAUUUUGAUGCUGAAAACGAGGAUGAAAUUUCUUUUCAAGCAGGAGAUUCCCUGCGUGUUGCCCCAAAACAAAAGCAGCCUCAUGUGAGAGGAUGGCUAUUGGCAAGUGUUGAUGGGAAAGUUGCAGGGUUGGUCCCUGCUAAUCACGUGAAGAUUCUUGGUCGCAGAAGGGGCUGUUCAAAAAGAAAAAGAGGAAGAACUACAAAGGAAAUGCAAGGAACAAAAAUCGAGGAACUUGACGAAAUACGAAGUGAUGAGCUGGGAAAUGAAAGUAUGACAACGCAGAAUGAACAAUUUAACGACUUAUAUGAAGAAACAAUUUCAUGACGUCAACAUAAGGAGUUCGAUAACAUUGUGAAUUGAAUUAUGUCAAGAUAAUACGUCAAUUUUAACGUUUAGGCCCCGUAUCAAUAUUUUUGUAUUAAAAAGAUAAAUGAUAUACAAUUAGUCGUAAGGUCUGAUUACAAAUUUAAAUUUUUACGUGUGGAAUUGGCGUAUAGAGUCAGUCUCACAAGGCCGACAAUUUCACAGAAGCAUUGAAAAGGAGUAACGUUAUUGUUAUGAUAUAUUGAAAUUUCGUA